CCGCCAGAGUCAUGCGCGAGGGGCUGAGCGUGGCGUGCGAGGCCGCCCGGCCGCGGCUCUACAGGUUCCUGCGCAGGAUCCUCCCGCCAAAGCCCACGCGCUGCCUCGGCCGAGCCAGUCCAGAAAUACAGGAUGACCCCAAACGCUGCAGCCCUGAUGAGCACCGCAGUGGAUCUUCCCAGCCCCUUACAGGAACAGCCAAGAAGACUCCAGAAUCCCAGAGCAAGCCACAUAAGCCUUCACCGACCUGCCCCCAGCACAUGAGGAUCAAAAACUGGGGCAACGGGAUGAUUUUGCAAGACACACUCCACAAUAAGGCCAAAACGAAUUUUGCUUGCAAACCCAAAUCUUGCCUUGGGUCCAUGAUGACCCCCAGAAGUAUGACCAGAGGACCCAGGGACAAGCCUACCCCUCUGGAUGAGCUUCUACCUCAAGCUAUCGAAUUUGUCAACCAGUAUUACGACUCCUUCAAAGAGGCAAAAAUAGAGGAAUAUCUGGCCAGAGUGGAAGCAGUAACAAAGGAGAUAGAAACAACAGGAACCUACCAGCUGACAGGAGAUGAGCUCAUCUUCGCUACCAAGCUGGCCUGGCGCAAUGCCCCUCGCUGCAUCGGGAGGAUCCAGUGGUCCAACCUGCAGGUCUUCGAUGCCCGUAGCUGUACCACUGCCCAGGAGAUGUUCGAACACAUCUGCAGGCACCUCCGCUAUUCCACCAACAACGGCAACAUCAGGUCGGCCAUCACCGUGUUCCCCCAGCGGACUGAUGGGAAGCAUGACUUCCGCAUCUGGAAUGCUCAGCUCAUCCGGUAUGCGGGCUACCAGAUGCCAGAUGGUACCAUCAGAGGGGACCCUGCCAACCUGGAGUUCACUCAGCUGUGCAUUGACCUGGGCUGGAAGCCUCACUACGGCCGCUUUGAUGUGCUGCCUCUGGUCCUGCAGGCUGACGGCCGCGACCCUGAGCUCUUUGAAAUCCCACCUGAUCUUGUGCUUGAAGUGCCUAUGGAGCAUCCCAAGUACGAGUGGUUCCAGGAGCUGGGGCUGAAGUGGUAUGCCCUGCCUGCGGUGGCCAACAUGCUGCUUGAGGUGGGCGGCCUUGAGUUCCCUGGGUGCCCCUUCAACGGCUGGUACAUGGGCACAGAGAUCGGAGUCCGGGACUUCUGUGAUGCUCAGCGCUACAACAUCCUGGAGGAAGUGGGCAGGAGGAUGGGCCUGGACACACACACACUGGCCUCCCUCUGGAAAGACCGUGCUGUCACAGAGAUCAAUGUUGCUGUGCUCCAUAGUUUCCAGAAGCAGAAUGUGACCAUCAUGGACCACCACUCCGCGGCAGAGUCCUUCAUGAAGCACAUGCAGAACGAGUACCGGGCCCGUGGGGGCUGCCCGGCCGACUGGAUUUGGCUGGUCCCUCCAAUUUCGGGGAGCAUCACCCCAGUGUUUCACCAGGAGAUGCUGAACUACAUCCUGUCCCCAUUCUACUACUAUCAGGUGGAAGCCUGGAAGACCCACGUGUGGCAGGACGAGACUCACAGACCCAAGAGACGGGAGAUCCCGUUUAGAGUCUUGGCCAGAGCUGCGCUCUUUGCCUCUCUGCUGAUGCGCAAGACAAUGGCAUCCCGUGUCAGAGCCACAAUCCUUUUUGCCACCGAGACGGGAAAAUCAGAAGCACUGGCCCAGGACCUGGGGGCCUUGUUCAGCUGUGCCUUCAACCCCAAGGUUCUCUGCAUGGACGAGUACAGGCUGAGCAGGCUGGAGGAGGAGCAGCUCCUGCUGGUGGUGACCAGCACAUUUGGGAACGGAGACUGCCCUGGCAACGGGGAGACACUGAAGAAAUCCCUCUUCAUGCUGAAAAAGCUCACCAGCACCUUUAGGUAUGCCGUGUUUGGCCUGGGCUCCAGCAUGUACCCUCGCUUCUGUGCCUUCGCUCAUGACAUCGACCUGAAGUUGUCGCAGCUGGGGGCCUCUCAGCUCACGCCGGUGGGGGAAGGGGAUGAGCUCGGCGGGCAGGAGGACGCCUUCCGCACCUGGGCUGUGCAAACCUUCCAGGCAGCCUGUGUGGCGUUCAAUGUUCGAGGCAAACACCACAUCCCCAUCCCCAAGCGCUACACCUCCAGCGUGACCUGGGAGCCGCACCACUACAGGCUGGUACAGGACUUGCAGCCUUUGGACCUCAACAAAGCCCUCAGUAGGAUGCACGCCAAGGACGUGUUCACUCUGCGGGUCAAGUCUCAGCAGAAUCUGCAGAGUCCAAAAUCCAGCCGCACCACCCUCCUGGUGGAACUCUCCUGUGAGAACCACCAAGGUCUGGCCUACCUGCCCGGGGAGCACCUUGGGGUUUUCCCAUGCAACCAGCCAGCCCUGGUCCAAGGCAUCUUGGAGCGAGUAGUGGACAGUCCCGGACCCCACCACACCGUGUGCCUCGAGGCCCUGGAUGACAGCGGCAGCUACUGGGUCAGGGACAAGAGGCUGCCGCCCUGCUCACUGAGCCAGGCCCUCACCUACUUCCUGGACAUCACCACCCCCCCUACCCAGCUGCAGCUGCAGAAGCUGGCCCGGCUGGCCACGGAACAGGCUGAGCGAGGGAGGCUGGAGACGCUAAGUCAGCCCUCAGAGUACAACAAAUGGAAGUUCGCCAACAGCCCCACGUUCCUGGAGGUCCUGGAGGAGUUCCCGUCCCUGCGGGUGCCUGCUGCCUUCCUGCUCUCCCAGCUCCCCAUCCUGAAGCCCCGCUACUACUCCAUCAGCUCCUCCCUGGACCACGCUCCCUCAGAGGUGCACCUCACGGUGGCUGUGGUCACCUACCGCACCCAAGAUGGCCGGGGUCCCCUGCACCAUGGUGUCUGCAGCUCGUGGUUCAGCAGCUUACAGCCCCAGGACCCAGUGCCCUGCUUUGUGCGGAGCGCCAGCAACUUCCAGCUCCCCGAGGACCCCUCCCAUCCUUGCAUCCUCAUUGGGUCUGGCACAGGCAUCGCACCCUUCCGCAGUUUCUGGCAGCAGCGGCUCCACAACCUCAAACACAAAGGGCUCCAGGGUGGCCGAAUGACCCUGGUGUUUGGGUGUCGCCACCCGGAGGAGGACCACAUCUAUAAGGAAGAGAUGCUGGAGAUGGCCCAGAAGGGAGUGCUGCAUGAGGUGCACACUGCCUACUCACGGCUGCCUGGAAAGCCCAAGGUUUACGUUCAAGAUAUCCUGCGACAGCAGCUGGCCGGGGAGGUGCUCCGUGUGCUCCACGAGGAGCAAGGCCACCUCUACGUCUGUGGAAACGUGCUCAUGGCCCAGGACGUGGCCGACACUCUGAAGCAGCUGGUGGCUGCCAAGCUGAACUUGAACGAGGAGCAGGUUGAAGAGUACUUCUUCCAGGUCAAGAGCCAGAAGCGCUAUCAUGAAGAUAUCUUUGGUGCUGUCUUUCCCUACGAGGUGAAGAAGGACCGGGCAGAGCGGCCACCCGGCGACAUCAAGCUCUGAUGCUCCACAGAGACUUUCAGGCUGCUGGCGCUGUGUGAUGGGGAUGGAGCCAGCUCUGGGGCCAAGGUCACAGGGCCUCAGGAGAGGGGGAAACGUGACCACACCCAGCCUCACACCUGAGCUCCUCGACUGCAUCCCUCAAGCCCUUCACUUGACCUAAUGCCAAGUAGCAUCCUGGACUGGUCGGAGCCACCCUGUGCCUGAAGCCCACUCUUCCCAGUCUCUUGGGGAUGAAUCUGCAAGGCCAGGCCUGGCAAGUGGGUUUAAGAGGAAGAUGAAACCUCCUUUUGAUGGCAUCACUUGUUAUGGCCACUAGGGGGCGCUAGCAAGACACUCUAUUUAGCAGCCUGCCCUGUGUACAGUAUUUAUGCCUCUGUUUUUUGUUUUUUUGUUUGUUUUGUUUUGUCUUUUUGAGACAGGGUCUCGCUAUGCAGUUCAGGCUGGU